CUCGCCUGACUCCUCCCCUGAGUUCGAUGUGCUCGUCUCUCGGCUCUGCUCAGGCUUGUCAGUGCGGGCGAGAGCGCUGCUAAACAUGGCGUCGGACGGGAUGAUUUUAACCAACCACGACCACCAAAUCCGAGUUGGAAUAUUGACAGUGAGUGACAGCUGCUUCAGAAACCUUGCUGAGGACCGCAGUGGAAUCAACCUCAAAGAUCUUGUCCAUGACCCGUCCUUGCUCGGAGGCAUAAUCUCUGCAUACAAAAUAGUCCCUGAUGAGAUUGACGAGAUCAAGGAGACGCUGGUGGACUGGUGCGACGAGAAGGAGCUCAACUUGAUCCUGACCACCGGUGGAACGGGUUUUGCACCCCGUGAUGUCACGCCUGAGGCCACCAGAGAGGUGAUCGAGCGUGAAGCUCCAGGGAUGGCUCUAGCAAUGCUCAUGGGCUCCCUAAAUGUCACGCCACUCGGCAUGCUGUCCAGACCCGUAUGUGGAAUCAGGGGCAAAACCCUCAUCAUUAAUUUACCUGGGAGCAAGAAGGGCUCACAGGAGUGCUUCCAGUUCAUCCUGCCUGCUCUGCCGCACGCCAUAGACCUGCUGCGGGACGCCAUAGUGAAGGUGAAGGAGGUACACGACGCUCUAGAGGACCUGCUCCCUCCACCACCCCUCUCCCCUCCACCCACCACCAGCCCACACAAGCAGACAGAAGACAAGGGUGUGCAGUGUGAGGAAGAGGACGAGGAAAAGAAGGACAGUGGUGUGGCAUCCACAGAGGACAGCGGCUCCUCUCACAUCACAGCAGCUGCUAUUGCUGCUAAGAUACCAGAGUCCAUCAUUUCACGAGGCGUGCAGGUUUUGCCACGGGACACCGCCUCUCUCAGCACCACGCCCUCGGAGUCUCCUUGUGCUCAGCAGUCCCGCCUCUCCACUGCCUCCUGCCCCACCCCCAAAGCCCGGCUCACCUCCUGUUCAUCCACUUAUAGUGUCACAGAGGCCUCACGGAGAGAGUUCAGGGCUCACCUGGAUGAGGUCAUCACGCUCAAGUCAAGGUACUCUACCUUGGACCAGCUCCACUCUAGGCUGGAGGGGCUCAAAGAUGAUCGCAGGAACCAUAGGACCUUCGACUCGCGAGUGCAGUCACGAUGCAGCAGCAAGGAGAACAUCCUGAGAGCAAGUCACAGUGCAGUGGAUAUCACCAAGGUAGCUCGGAGACACCGCAUGUCCCCGUUUCCCCUCACUUCUAUGGACAAGGCCUUCAUCACUGUGCUGGAGAUGACUCCUGUCCUGGGUACCGAAAUCAUCAACUACAGAGAUGGAAUGGGUCGAGUUCUGGCUCAGGACGUCUACGCCAAAGACAACCUGCCUCCUUUCCCUGCAUCAGUUAAAGAUGGCUACGCUGUUCGAGCUGCUGAUGGUCCUGGUGAUCGCUUCAUCAUUGGAGAGUCUCAAGCUGGGGAGCAGCCCACUCUCACAGUUAUGCCAGGCCAAGUGAUGAGGGUGACGACAGGCGCUCCUAUCCCAUGUGGUGCAGACGCUGUAGUGCAAGUAGAAGACACAGAACUGCUACGAGAGUCUGAAGACGGUACAGAGGAGUUGGAGGUGAGGAUCUUGGUUCAGGCUCGUCCAGGACAGGAUAUCAGGCCUAUAGGACAUGAUAUCAAGCGUGGAGAGUGCGUGCUGGCUAAGGGCACUCAUAUGGGUCCAUCUGAGAUCGGUCUCCUGGCCACUGUAGGAGUCACAGAGGUGGAGGUGCAGAAAUUCCCAGUUGUAGCAGUCAUGUCCACUGGCAAUGAGUUGUUAAACCCUGAGGAUGACCUCCACCCAGGCAAGAUCAGGGACAGUAACCGAUCCACACUGUUGGCCACCAUUCAGGAACACGGCUAUCCCACCAUCAACCUCGGCAUCGUCGGAGACAACCCAGACGACCUGCUGAACGCCCUGAACGAAGGCAUUAGUCGUGCUGACGUCAUCAUCACCUCCGGGGGCGUGUCCAUGGGUGAGAAGGACUAUCUGAAGCAAGUGCUGGAUAUAGACCUCCAUGCCCAGAUCCACUUUGGUCGAGUGUUUAUGAAGCCGGGUUUGCCUACUACGUUUGCCACCUUAGACACUGACGGUACCAGAAAGCUGAUAUUCGCCCUUCCAGGUAACCCAGUGUCAGCUGUUGUAACCUGUAACCUCUUUGUUAUCCCUGCAUUAAGAAAGAUGCAGGGGAUCCUGGACCCACGGCCCACCAUCAUCAAAGCCAGGCUGUCCUGUGAUGUAAAGUUGGAUCCACGUCCAGAAUAUCAUCGCUGUAUACUGACAUGGCACCACCAGGAACCACUUCCCUGGGCACAGAGCACAGGAAACCAAAUGAGCAGUCGGCUAAUGAGCAUGCGCAGUGCCAACGGCCUUCUGAUGUUGCCUCCGAAAACAGAGCAAUACGUGGAGUUGCACAAGGGUGAAGUCGUGGAUGUCAUGGUCAUAGGACGGCUAUGAUGUCAUCUUAAGGGGACAGACCAAGUACAGAGCAAGAAAGUGGUGCAUGUCCACAUAUCAUUACUAUUCUGUAAUAUGCAACGGCACAGCUAGUUUUUAUUGAUUUGGGAGAAGUUGAUCCAGUAUAAUCAACAUUUCGAACAAAGACGAAUAUGUGAAAUUUCUGAAAAUACGACUUCGAAGACAUCAUAGUAUUUCAAAGACAGAAAAUAUUAUACCUUUUAAAGUGAGAAUAUAUAUAUAUGAAAUAUAAGAGAUUUAUUCUGUAAUAUAUUGUUAUAAUUAUUAUGAUUAUUAAUAUAAUGAUGAAUAUUAUCAUAUUAAGCAACUCUGUUCUCUUUCAUUGCAAUUGCUUUGUGUGUUCAAUGCUAGAACUUAUAGAUAGCCGUAGCAUUUUAAUAGACAGCUGUUGGCGCCUGUCACACAUACAUCAGAAAGCUUAUUUUCUCAUCGGUAGAAAAUGUGUCACUGAGGAAUGAAAAGCUCUUCAAAAUGACAGGAGCUGGAUCUUUUCAUCUCUCCUCAAAGUGCACCAAGGUGACCCAGCUAUCUUUCCCUUUAGUAGUAUAUGCUCCAUAAAGACUUCAUUAUGCUUCAUAAAGGGUUUACAAAACCGCUUUGCUUGUCGUUUAUCUUGUGAGUCGUGUUUAUGUGCGCAGUGCCAAAAGCCAGAGCUGUGGGGGAAGGUCUUGUGGUGGCGACGCCAAAAAGCAGCACGCGCCGCCGGGUGGCACAGACUUUGUGCGGAAACGAUGACCAGUGGGGGUCUGUGUAAAUUCUGUGCUACUUUAGCGCGCCCCGAGGCAUGUCCUGUGCUACAGGCUAUACCUCAGUCUGGAACAUACUUCAUAGUAAACUGGCCCUCAUAGCUCUGCCCUUAUUACUCUCUAUUUUACCCACUACCCUUACAUUUAAACUCGCCCAGCCCAAUCCUAGAGGCUGAGCUCCCUGGAAACUUUUGUUUAACUUCGAAGAUGAAGACACAGCUUAUUUAAGUGCUGACAGCCUUUUUAAAUGAAUUACAUAAAAUGUACAGUCAAAAAAAAUGCAAGAGUGAUAUUGUACAGACAAGUGACCAGCACUCCUGAGGAAUAUACUAUGGUACUGAAAAGAUAUUGAAAAACUCUGUACUAUAAUAUCAUUUUCUGUAAUACUGAUCUAAUGCGAGAAUUAAAAUUCUUGAUCAUUAUGUAAAGACGUGGUUCAGUUUCAUUUUUUUAAAUAAACUCUGAAAGCUGAUUGAC